AUGGUUGAAGCAGAUCGCCCCGGGAAACUUUUCAUUGGCGGGCUCAACCCUGAAACCGAUGAAAAAGCCCUCGAGGCUGCGUUUGGCAAGUAUGGCCGAAUCAUCGAGGUGCUCUUGAUGAAAGACCGAGAAACCACCAAGUCAAGAGGCUUCGCGUUCAUCACCUUCGAAAGUCCAGCAGACGCCAAGGCCGCCGCCAGAGACAUGAACGGCAAGUCCCUGGAUGGUAAGACCAUCAAAGUGGCCCAGGCCACCAAGCCGGCGUUUGAGAGCAGCCGCCGGGGCCCGCUGCUGCCUCGCAGCCGCGGUCGCCCCAGGGGCCUGCGUGGGCUCCGGGGGGGUGGUGGCCUACGCCGACUCCCUUCCCGGGGCGGACCGGCAGAUGAUGGCUCCUACGCCGACGAUUUCGACCUGCGGUCCUCCAGGGCCCCGAUGCCCCUGAAGCGCGGGCCGCCGCCGCCGCCGCGCCGAGCUGGGCCGCCCCCUAAAAGGGCCGCGCCGUCGGGCCUAGCUCGCAGCAGUGGCGGCGGAAUGCGCGGGAGGGCUCCGGCCGCGCGUGGAAGAGAAGGUUAUGCAGGCCCGCAGCGCCGGGAGCCGCCGCUCCCACGACGGGACGCGUACCUGGGUCCCCGGGAGGAGGGCUACUCGCCCCGAGAUAGCUACUCCAGCCGCGAGUACCCGAGCGCCCGCGACCCCAGGGAUUUCGUGCCCUCGCCGAGGGAAUACACCUACCGCGAUUACGGCCACUCCAGUGCCCGCGACGACUGUCCAUCGAGAGGCUACAGCGACCGAGACGGCUACGGGGGCCGCGACCGUGGCUACUCGGAUCACCCGAGCGGAGGCUCCUACCGCGACAUCUUCGACAGCUACGGGGACCCGCGCAGCAGCGCCCCGGUGCGCGGCCCGCCGCCAUCUUACGGCGGGAGCGGGGGCGGCCGCUACGAGGAGUACCGGGGCUGCUCCCCCGACGCCUAUGGCAGUGGCCGCGACAGUUACGCCGGCGGCCGGAACGACCGCUAUUCCAGGGGCCGCGAACGGGUAGGCCGAGCAGAUCGUGGGCUGCCCCAGUCCGUGGAAAGGGGGUGCCCUCCACGCGAUUCCUACAGCAGGUCGGGCCGCCGGGUGCCCAGGGGCGGAGGCCGCCUUGGAAGCCGUCCUGAGAGAGGGGGAGGCCGAAGCAGAUACUGA